CUGGCGGGGGCGCCGAGAGGGGGCCGGGGCCCGGGUGCAGCUGCGCGCCCCGCCCCGCGGGCUCCUCCCCGCCGCCGCGGCCCCCCGGUUGCUGCCCCGAUGCGCUGCGCCCGGAGCCGGGGCCGAGCCGCUGCCGCAGCUGUUGGGGCGCCUGGGCCAGGAGACACCGCCGUCGCCCGCGCCCCUCCCGGACCCCGCCGGCCGCAUGGAGCCCCCGGAGAGCGCCGGCCCCGGAGAGAUCGUUAAGGAGGCUGAGGUGCCGCAGGCCGCACUGGGUGUCCCAGCCCACGGAACAGGGGACAGUGGCCACACACCUGUGGAGGAGGAGGUGGGGGGCAUCCCAAUACCAGCCCCAGGGCUUCUGCAAGUCACAGAGAGGAGGCAGCCUCUGAGCAGUGUCUCCUCUCUGGAGGUCCACUUUGACCUCCUGGACCUCACUGAACUGACCGACAUGUCCGACCAGGAGCUGGCCGAGGUCUUCGCUGACUCAGAUGACGAGAACCUCAACACUGAGUCCCCAGCAGGUCUGCACCCGCUGCCCCGGGCCGGCUGCCUGCGCUCCCCUUCCUGGACGAGGACAAGGGCUGAGCAGAACCGAGAGAAGCAGCCCCUAGGCGACCCCGAGCGGCAGGCUGCGGUCCUGGACACGUUUCUCACUGUGGAGAGGCCCCAGGAGGACUAGGCCAUCUCUGCCUGCUCUCUAGCUGCUGCAGGGCUGGGGUCAGAACACCACCACGAUGGCAGAUCUGGGCAGUCCUGACCCAGCAGACACACUGCGUCCUCCCACGAGGUUCCAGCCGUCACGUCCUGACACAGUGAAUCAGGGUUGGAGGCGCUGUGGAGGAGGCUCCCUGCCAACCCCAAGGCCUGCCUUGUCUGCUGGGCACAGGUCUUAGCCUCACUUGGAGACCAGCGGCUUUCCUGGGGGACACAUGGGGCCCCUGGAUGCCUCCGGGGGCCGCAGCACAAGCACAGCCCAGUGGCCUUAUGUCCAGCUCAUUCCUGAGCCCCAAAUCGGGAAGACAGCAUGAUGGAGUCACUGCCAGGCACGCAGUGAGGAGUGGAGCGGGCCACGGCGGCCUUGGAGUGAGGGGGACCUAGGCCUGUGAGAGCCACUCCAGGAAUUCCUGGGUGUGCUCCAACCUCCACAUUUUCCCUGCUACCCAGCUCAGAAGCCAGAAGUGGGUUUGGCUAAUGGGACACUGUGCUGUCCAGCAAAGCACAUGGAGGAGCGGCCCCAAAAUUCCCAUCGUUCCCAUCUUGCCCCUUCUUCUGCCCCAUGGAGCCACUGUCUCACCAGGGUCGCCGCCCCAUGUCUCAGCUCUGAGACCUGCACCUGCUUCUCCUGACCCCUGCGUGAAGCCACGUCCAUCCCUCCUUAGCUUAGAACACCAAAAAUCACCAGACUGCCUCAGAAACUUGGCGACACCUCCCGAAUGCUCUCAGGGUGGGGUUCACCCUCUCCCUGUCCUGCACCCAUGACGAGGCCACAUCCUCGUCUAUGCUCACAUCCCACUGCCCGGAUACAUGGCCUGCCCACAGCCCUUAAACUUGCUGGGCAGGUUUGGGGCCCAUGGGACCCCAUGGGUCUGUGUCCAGGGAGCAGGAGGGGAGGCUGACAGGCCCUCCUUCCUCUACUCUGGGGGUGUCUGGGGGCCCCAGCUCACGCCGUCCCAAUGGUCACAUGCUGAUGGUCACAGAAAAGGCUUCUUGCUCGACAGCAAGUCAAAGAGUGAGUUUAAUGAGUUUGACAUGAAAGUGUGAGCUUGCUCUCCAUCCCCAAGCCAACCAGCCCCCGCCCAUUUCCCAUGAGCACACUUCUGGGGAAGGAAAACAGGCUCUUGGGCCUUGUUGGCAGAGCUUCUGGAGAUGCCCAGGCAUACCCUGAGCUCCUUCUGUGUAGGGGGCUUUAGAGGCGGCACCUGCUCCCACUUCUCAGCCACUCCCUGCCUCUCAGCAUUGCUCUGCCAUCCAGUUCCUCCCUCAGCCAGGUCUCCAGCCCUGGUUUCCAGGAACGGAGCCCAGCAGCUCGCUCUCUCAGUCCCAUGAAAGUAUGCUUGCACCCCUGGCCACACCUCCACCCACCAGGGUCUUCCUCCCAAUCUUCCAUCCUUCUUGCUGAGGUUCCACAGAGCUCAUGUACAAACAGUGGGAUUAAAACAUCACUGCGGGUUUGA